AUGGAAAUUAAGGGGAUUAGAGACAUUCUAAAUUAUGCAAAUCAGUUGCCGCCGGCGACGCGUCAACUCGGAUGGAUUUCGGCAAUUAAAAAAACCCUUGAAACAAUCACAAGUUUAGACAAUUUCGCGAUCAUGAAUAUGGAAGAUCUGACUUGGAAUCAGUGCCAGAACGUGAAACAAAUAAGGUAUACAGACCGCUUUCUGCUGCAGUCCAGAAAUGGGUCACUGGGUCAUCAGUUCGGAAUCCGCUGUCGUAGAAUGAGUUUGAGCGAUAAACGGAACGAGAGGUACGUGGUCGAGCUCGAUCCCCGCGGCGUUGACUGGCGGCGGACCGGGGCAUCGGAGGCUGCGCAGCUCUCCGCCCCCGCCUUCAUUCACUCACACGUACCCAGGAGGCCUAGCUUCAAACAGCCGGACUUUAAUGCGGCAUGUGCCUUAUCUUACGGUGAGAAAUCAUUAGUACAAAGUAUGUUAAGUCAUUUUCGGAUGCUCGCAUGGCGUCGAAAACAUGAAGAGAAGAGUUUGAGAUACAACGAAUUUGUAGUUCUUAAAACGCAUUAUCAUUAG